GACAUCUGGGGAGCUCCUGUACCCCUCGGGCUGUCCGUGCAUGACGGCAGCCGGCCUGGCCUUCGCGUUGGGCGCACUGCUGGUGCUGGCGGCGCAGGCCUUGUGCUGCUCUUGCUACGUGACCUGCAGGACCGACAAGAUGCGCGCGGCUCCGAGAAAGCGAAGGUCAUUGGUGGGGCUGAAGCCCGGGGACGUGGUCUUCGUCAACUACGGGGUGGACGAGGAAACCUGGCAUGAACGCCUAAUCCUCGCGGUCGUAAACCACUGCUAUUACAUCAUCUUGACCCCAGAUGGGGACAUCUACGCGGAGACCAUCAGCCUGGAGUACCUCCAUGACUUCAGGGAGGGGGGCCCCCGAGGGGGGCUUCCCCCUGGGCUGGGCGCGGCGCGCGGCCAGCCCGUGUACCGCUUCUCGUCGAGGCCGGUCGGGCAGGAGCUGCAGGACUUGUUCGAGGAGGGCCGCGCCAAGGCGGCCGAGGAGAGGCGCACGAUGGGCAUUCUGGAGGACAAGCCGGUGAGUGUUGGCAACACCUUCAUGCUUGCGGCGCAGCACCACACACCAUCGGACAGCUUCGUGAGCUGCGGCUCGGUGGGCCUGUAUGACAUGGGCCUGCGAGGUGAUCCCGCGGUGCUCUACCGCGUGGAAGUGGGGGAGCAGGAGGUUGAGAUGAUCGAGCACUUCAGGCGCUUGACGAAGAAGGACGGCGACGUCGAGGGCACGGACACUCCCCCGGUGCGAGCGCCAGGAGUAUCCAGCGCCGAGGACGCCCGCACCUUGCCUGUGCUGCGCGACAGCGCGGGACGGCGCUUCAGGGACAUGAAGAGUGUGGCGAACAGUUCGGAGAUGUGUGCCUUCGACGACUGGGUGCUGGAGGGGCCGCGUACGGCAUUGUACCUGGUGAAGGAGAUAGCUAAGCAGGCGGCGGGUCCCCUCCAGCGUCACUCGACCUGGAAGCACGAGAACAAGCUGCAGGAUGACGAGCACAAUGCGGUGACGCACGAGAUGCUUUCGGAUAUCCUUGAGCUGGCGACGACGUUCGACCAGCUCGACGUGUCGAACUUGGCGAGCAUGGAGAGCCUGUGCCGCCACAUCCAGUACAUCGAGCAGCGCAUCAAGAAGAAGCGGGAGGCCGGGAAGGACUUCGACCUGCAGGACUACUACCUGGGCAGGACGCGGCGCACCGGCGGCGCGCUGAUGGCCCCGGAGCUUCAGAAGUGGGUGGCCGAGUCGGCGGCCCGUGAUUCGUCCAUCUUGAAGGAGGAGAGGAAGGCCGCCGAGGUGACCUACAGCUCUCCUGAACAGCGCCGAGGUCCUCGCCGUGCUGCCCAACGUCUGGGCAGGGAGGCGGCCAUCGGCCGACGCUCGAACGACUGCAUCGCCGCCCUCAACAACCUGUAUGGGGACGGCUCGUUUUUGCCUGGAGGAAGACCCUCUCAGGCACAGUUCUCGGCGCUUGACGGCAUCCUGCGCGCGGUCACCGAUGACACGCCGCCGGGCCCGUUGCCCGCCCCCGAGGCAGCCCUUCAGGAGUUGCUCGGUACCGAGGCCCUCGGCUGCGCGUCUGAGGACCUUUCCGUGGUUGCACCGUAUGAUCGCGGCUUGGUCUCGUGGCCGGACACCGCAGGCUCGGUGAACUUGCUGGACGUGUUGCCAGACCCUGACCGCCAGGAGGUGAUCGACGGUCCCCGUGCGCUUUUGCUUCGGGCUGAGGAGGAGCCGCCAGCGACCUGCAAGGUCUACUGGGACAAGACGCUCAAGGCGGACAGAGGCGAGUACGUCAGGUUCGUACAGGACCUGCUGAACAGGGGCAUGGUGGAGCUCCGUACUCGCCGUGAUUUUGAGGUUGGGAUAUUCUUCGCGCGCAAGAAGUCAGGCAAGUUGCGCCUGAUAGUGGACGCCAGGUCCGUCAAUCAGAACCUCGGGCGGCCCACUUCAAUCCAGCUGGCGUCGACCGCGGCGAUGGUCGGGCUGGAAGCGGAGCCUGGGGACAUGCUAGAGUUCUCGAUUCAGGACAUUGCUGAUUGCUUCUACCAGUUCAAAGUGCCGGACUGCAUGGUGCAGCGGUUCGGGAUGAAGCCCGUCAGGGCUGGCGAGGUGGGGGCCAAGACCGUGCAGGGCGAGCCGGUCCUUGCAGGCGCCUGGGUCUACCCCUGUCUGCGGGUGCUGCCCAUGGGCUUCUCGUGGGCCAUGAGAUGGGCGCAGCAGGCUCAUCGAGAGCUGCUGCGCCGGGCAGGGCUUGGGGGCAUCGAGAGCGAGCUGGUGGACCGCCAGGUGCCCCCGUCGGCCUCGGCAGCGCCUGUCCCCCGCAUCGUUUACGUGGAUAACGAGGUCUUCGUCUCGUCUCGCCCAGGUGCCUCUGCCGACGUCAGGCGACUGGCGGCCAAGAAGAUGUCCAACAUCGGGCUGCCGCUGCACGAGGUGGAGGAGGGCAAGCAUGUUGUCGAAGCGCUGGGCCUGGAGCUGGACGGCAUCAAGCUUCGGCGCCGCCUGGCCUCCUCCAAGCGGUGGCGGCUGGUGCAAGGCACGCGUGCGCUUUUGAGGCGGCGGCUAGUGGCCGGCAGGGAGGUCGAGAAGCUGAUCGGCCACUUCCCGCAUGCCAUGUUGCUGAACCGCCCAACGCUUUGUAUCUUCCGCUCCGCCUACGACUACGCUCGGAAGCACUACCGGGCGCCUAGCUUGCUCUGGCCUUCAGUGAGGCAGGAGCUGCAGAAUGCCAUGCACAUCAUGCCGCUGCUCGCGGAGGCUGACUUCCCGGUGUCUGAGGUCAGGCAGGUGGGGCGCUGGAGUGAACGCUGGCGCUUCAAGGUCGAGGGGGCCGGCCGGCGGCUGCAGCUGCGCUGGGAGCCCACCGGCGUGAGGCUCACGGAGAGGUGCCUGAGGCGUGUAGCAGCGCCUCCCGCGCUGGCUGGUGCAGGCGCGCCUGGCCCCCCCCCCGCCGCCGGCGAGCCGGCUCCCGAGAGACAGCUGCAGCGUCGGAGCGGCCCGGUGCCCAGCGCGGUCGUCGGGCCAUGGCAGAGUGGCGGCGGCCCAGGUUACCUCGACAAGGCGGCUGCGCGGCUCAUCGACGAGGUCUCGCCGAUCCCCUGCGAGGUCGAGAGGAUCGCUGGUACUGGUGGGCCGACCGUCCUGGAGCAGGAGAGCGCAACGGCGAAGACCAAGGAGGACUACGAGCGGAGGCUGGAGCGGUUCUUCGGCUUCUGCAGCAUCAACGGCCUGGCGCUCGACACCGACCCGCUGCUCGAGGAGGCCCUGGCGGAGUACAUGGACCUCCUGUUCGCGCAGGGGGGGCCCUGCAACAGCGGGGCCAAGCUGCUGGCGGCGGUGGGCCAUCGCUGGCCAAGGCUCCAUCAUGCCGGGCGGUUGCUGAAGCUGCCGAGGGUGGCGAAGGCGCUGCAGGGCUGGCGACGCCUGGUGCCGCCCGUGACGCGGGCGCCCGUGCCGUGGGCCGCCGUGGCGGCCAUCGCGCUGGCCCUGGUCAGGUGCAAGCAGCCACUGGCGGCUCUGGCAGUGGUGCUGGCGGCAGACGCCUACCUUCGGCCAGGCGAGCUGCUGUCGCUCCGGGCCAACCAUGUGGUCCCAGCCCAGGCGACGGCCGGGGGCGACUACCGCUUCGCGUCGCUGGUGCUGAGGCCAGAGGAGGAGCUGCAGCCGACCAAGACGAGAGGCUUCAACGACUCGAUCCUUCUGGACAGCGUGUCGAGGCCCUACCUGGGCGUGCUGGUGGAGCGGCUGGCGAAGCAGAAGGGCUUCUCGGCGGAGCUCCUCUUUCCGUGGUCGGCCGCGGCUUUCACUGCCAUGUUCAAGCGUGCCGCGGCCGACGUCGGCCUGGAGGCUUGGGAACUCACGCCGUACAUCCUCAGACAUGCAGGCCCGUCACACGACUGGCUGACCAAGGCUCGGUCCCUGGACGGCAUCAAACGGCGCGGAAGGUGGAUCUCCGACAUGAGUGUUCGGAGGUACGAGAAGAGCUCGCGGGUAAUGCGGCGCCUGGCGACACUGCCGCGAGAUUGUCAGCUGCUGUUGGCCGAGUCGGCCAACAACCUCGAGGCAGGGCUCAGGUUCGGGCACGUCGGCAGGUUCGAGAGCAGGCGCCAAGACGCAGGCCUCGUGUGA